GACGUUCCCAUGGCACAGGAAAAUCUUGCUCGCACUUUCGAACACGCAGCUGACCGUGACACGCGCAUGUCCAAGCAUCUCUCAAGAGGACGGACCCGGCUUAGUACCCGCCAUGGGCAUCGAUGUAUCCAGCCGCCUCCGAAUUUAUCGUCUCCUCCACGGCGGCGCAUCAGCCUUCUCAGAAGCAUCGUCACCCCAGAAGAUGCCUUCGUGCACAAUGCCAGUCCUACUUCCAGACGAAGCCAUGGAGGACGUCCUUCCGAGAAACGGCGACUUUGUGGUCAAGACUCUGGACACGGCUGAGGAAGAGGCUUGUAGCAGCAGCGCACCACGUCGGAGGAGACUUGUCCCGAGGGCCGAGUGCGACAGGAUCGUUGAGAAGUACGCCAAGGACAACCUGGCUGAGUACAACUCCCUGCAAGCACCGUGCAAGGACCUCGGCACCUGGUGAAAGAGGUAUCCAGUGGCACCGGGCACUGCUUGAUGUACAGUCCGGAGGAGCCGACUACACGUGCAGCGGCAGCGGCCGGGAGCGGGAAUCGCCAGCACGGGCAUUGCAGCGCAGUCGCGUGGCCCGACUACAGGUUCGAGGCGCUGCGCUGCCGGCCACGCGUGCAGCCUGCGCGACAUGCUGCCGCUUCGGUCGACGACGACGAACUCCCGCACGGCCGAGUGCAACAGCGACGCGGUGGCAACGCCAAGCAGCUGCCUUCGGAGGCUACUCACGAGUUCUUCAGUUCUUCGGUACCUGCACGGCAGUGCGGCUCGACUACGGCUUUCCAGCACCAGGGUCCGCCCAUCGGCAACGCAUCGACUCUUCUGGAAAGCGAGAACGACUUCGCCUACCUUUCGCCCGUCAUUCUACCGACAGCCAGACAGCACAUGCGCACAUUCGUGCACGUGCACAAUGUUCACGACUGCGCAGCUGCAAGAUCGUGUACAGCAUUGGUGGCGAAGGAUAUAAAACCAGGCCCGGCUGCAUCGCUUUUCAGUGGGCAUGGUGGUACGACAAGGAAAGCAACGAUGGGCUUACGCACGCUUUUCUUCAUUGUGCAGGUUAGUAGGUUCCCAAAACUACCUCACGCUUCUUUCAAAUCUGAUGACCUGUUCCUUGUCGUGCUUCCAUGCCCAAAAGCCUUGGUUGAUCCUUUUUAUUCUUUGCUUUUGUUCUUAUGUGGUGACGUUGAGAGCAAUCCCGGUCCCAGUACAGGUUCGCAAAAAGCGCAAUCUUCGAAUGCUGUGGAAGAAAUUUUGAAAACGCUUAAGGAUCUAGACGAGCGAUCUAUAAGAAUGGAAACCCUACAGAAAUCUAUGGCUACGUCAAUAUCAGACCUAAAGGAAAAGCAGGAGUCAGUUUGUCAGGUAAUAUCGGAUAUAAAAGCCAGAUUAGAAAAAGUUGAACAGCAAACUUUUGCAAUUGAACAAAAGCAGACAGAUCUCGACGACGUGCGGGAUUCCGUAGUCCGCGUCGAAAAGCACACGCGCACACUCCACUCAAGACUAAACGACGCCGAAGACCGCGCUCGCCGGAAUAACUUGUUGUUCUACGAUGUGCCUGACUCCGCUGAUGAAACCUAUUCCAAGUCGGAAGAAAAAAUACUGAAAAUUUUUGCCGACACUUUAAAAGUUGAUAUUUCAAGUAACAACAUAGCCAGAGCGCACAGAAUCGGGCGAUUUGCCACAGGGAAAGCACGACCACUAAUAGUAAAAUUUGAAACAUACAAAUGUAAGGACUUAGUCCUUUCCAAGCGCCAAGUUCUAAAGGAUGAAAAAAAAAUAUCCGUAAGCGAAGAUUACUGCCCAGCAACAAGACACUGCCGCAAAAAGUUGAUCGAAUUUGGAAAAAACACAAAAAAGUCAUUCAAGUUGCAUUACAAUAAAUUGAUUAUCGGUGGAAAAACGUAUGUUUACAAUGAAGCUCAUAAUACUGUUACUGAAAUAGAAGCUUUCGAUAGCACACAGAACGACCUCAGCCCUCGUACUCUUCGCUCUGGACGCGAAUUCCCUUUAAAAGAAAUAUAGGGGAACGAACGGGGAGGUGGUUCUCAGCUGUGUUCUUGCUCGGUGCUUUUCUCGAACAUGCGUAGUCUUCUGCCAAAGAGGGACGAACUGUGUGCCAUUAUUGAUGACUGUGACGCUGACAUCAUUGCGUUAACUGAAACCUGGCUGUCAUCUAGGGUAGCCAACUCUGAGUUGUUUUUUUGCAGAAAUAAAUACGCAGUUUUUCGGA